AUGAAAUGCUUGAGAGUGUUAAAACCUGUCAAUACAAAGAGGUAUGAUGCCUACUCAGCUAGAGAAUGUGAAAUUCGAAGGACUAUGCUGGAAUUGUUGAACCGGUUGGAUGGUUUUGCUUUAAGAGGAGCUAUCAAAGCGAUUCUUGCUACAAACAUGAUUGAAAUUCUUGACCCAGCUUUGCUUCAGCUUGGCCUAAUAGAUAUAAAGAUUGAGUUUCCUCUUCAUGAUAUCAAGACAAGGAGGCGCGUUUUCCAAAUACACGCAUCAAGAAUGACAUCGACUGAUGAUGUCAACUUAGAGGAAUUUGUUAUGAAUAGGGAUGAAUUUUCUAGAGUUGGUAUAAAGGCAAUUUACACUGAAGCUGGCUUGCUUGCUUUAAGGAAAAUCUUCAUUUUUUAUCCUGGUGGUAGGACGAUUGUGGGCAAGGAUAUCGCACCUUGUGCACAAGGUGCUUCUAUGGGGGAUGGAAGUGAGCCAUAG